AUGGACGACUACAUGUUCCGCUACUACGUCGACGAGUGCCGCGUUGUCAAGGAAGACACCCACUACCUCGAGAUCUUCAACUACUCGGAUCCCUUCUACAACUCCUCAGAAGAGCACCCGCUGCCAGACGAUGAGUUCGACAACUUUCUGCACCGCCAGGGCGUUUUCGCACCGCCAGACCGCCAGCGCCCGGGGACCCAGUUGCUCAGCGGCGUCCGCUUGAUAGUCCAAAGGAAUGCCUCGGACAAAGACACAUUCAUGCCCAAGGUCAUCUCCCUCCAGAAGGACAACUACGAGUCCAUGGUCCGCGUCAUGAAGCUGCCGUUCCGCGCCAUCGAGACCACCGCCGUGGUUGGGCCAUUUUUCUGGUCGUCUCAUGAUCAAGACGAUGACGACCCCCAUCUGCAAAUCAUACAUCGCAAGUCUGAUGUCCGAAAGAAGGGAAGAACUCGUGGCUGGGAGAUGAUGCUCUCCCACUCCUUCAAGACAAACAUCACCACCGGCUUCAUCAAGGGCACACCCAGCUCCGAUGUCGAAAAGAGCCUCGUCCACCUGAAGGCCUGUUCCGCCCAGGUCGGCCAUCCCAUGCUGCUCCCCAUCAUCCUCCUCUCCUACGACCUGUCGCUCGCCAACGACCAGAAGCAGCGCGACGCUCGGGACUGGCUGCGCCGCCUGGAAAACGCCGUCAGCCUGCGUAACGAGGUCGAGGAGCACGAGCAGUACUUCCAGGACGGGCUCAUGGAGGUCGACGGCCUGAACCGCGACCUCGUCGAGUGUCACGGCCACGUCCUGUGGAAACGGCCCCAGGCCUAUUUGGCCCUCGCCAAGGAGAUGGAGAAGGCAAUGGAGAGCUUCGGGUCCGAGUGGGUGGCAUCCAAAGACGACCAGUUGGUCAUGAACCAAGCCGAACGCACCCAUAUGAAGGAGAUCAAUAAGCUGCACCGAAGCAUGCUCGCCCGCAUCGACUUUUACAAGGUCAAGCUCACCGGGCUGGAGAACUAUAUUCACACCACGCUUGAGCGAUUGAAGGUCCAGCGCGAGGCACGUGAGGCCAGGCUGAACCUGCAGAUUGCCGGAGAACAACGAAGAAUAGCCCAUGCAAGCAAGCGGGACAGCACAGCCAUGAAAACGCUGUCCCUGAUGGGUGCUCUCUUCCUUCCAGGCACAUACCUCGCCUCUGUUUUCAGCAUGACGUUUUUCAACUUUCAAGAGGGCGCCAGCCCAGUCGUCUCCUUCCAACUCUGGAUAUAUUUUGCCGUCACCGUCCCCAUCACCGCCCUCAUCGUCGGCGCCUGGCUGAUGAUCGACAAGCACCGCAUGAAGCAAGCUAAGAGAGAUGACGCAGACCUCGAGAGGAACAUCGAAAAAAUGGAGAAGGAGAUCAUGUUCCAUCUACGAAAGCGUACCAUGAGCAAGACCAACACUUGGAACAGCAUCCAGAAUUCGAAAGCCUAG